AAUAAGAUUAUUGGGUAUUUUUAAGAUUUAGUAUAUUGUCGUUAAAUAUUAGGUAUUUUAGCGCUUUAUUUGAGGGUCACACUACUCCAGUGGGAACGAUAUAAAUACAAACAAAUUAAAGCUGCAAAAGUUUAAAUUUAAAAGUUUAUUAACAGCAAUACUUAUUGGCUAAUAAAUCGGCAAAAAUGAAUAUAAAUCUGCCGAAUUUCAACGUAAAGAACCUGGUGAAGGAGGCGGGCAGCACAAUAUCGCGAGUGGUGCAGCUCACGGAGGAGAAACUGGGAACCACGGAACGCACAGAGUACGACUUGCACUUCCAGAAUCUUGCAGAGCGUGCGGAUGUGACCAAGACAUGGACGGAGAAGAUAGUGCGCGAUACGGAAUCAGUGCUGAUACCCAAUCCCCAAAACCGUGUCGAGGACUUUAUCUUCGAAAAGAUUGAGAAGUCGAAGCCCAAAAGAUUAAGCAAUCUGGAGCAUCUCGCCCUGGAUAUGAUCGAGGCUGGCGGGGAUUUCGGACAGGAUCUUCCCUACGGUCAGGCCCUGAUCAAGGCUGGCCAGGCAGAACAAAAACUGGGUCAGUGCGAGCACGACUUUAUCGCUACCUCUGGUAUUUGUUUUACACAGCCGCUGCGCAAGUUCCUCGACGGCGAGAUGAAGACGAUCGGCAAGGAGCGCGGCAUACUGGAAACCAAGCGCCUGGACCUCGAUGCGUGCAAAAACCGUGUGAAGAAGGCGCGCAGCAUGCUGGGCCAGCAAUCGAAAGAUGGCAUUUCGCCAGAGGCCGUCUUGGAACAGGCGGAGCGUGAUUUGCGAGUGGCCCAGGCCGAAUUCGACCGGCAGUCGGAGAUCACCAAGUUGUUGCUGGAUGGGAUCAGCACCUCGCAAGCCUCGCACUUGCGCCACUUGCAUGCCUUUGUCCAGACGCAGGUGCGUUACUAUAAGCAGUGUAACGAUGUCAUGGAGCAGCUGCAGCGCGAAUUGGCCAACUUGGGAGGCCCCACACCAUACAUUCCUCUCGACCUGAACGAGGCCAGUGCUAGCAAGUCCAACAAUUCGUCCGGAGCCGCAUCCCGUGGUCCAGGCAAUAACCAUUCCACCAACUCGGCUACCGCUGGGCACAAGCCCAAUCAGCCCAUGCACGUCAGCACGGAUCAGAUGCAGCGGGCACGCGUACUAUGCUCCUAUGAUGCCAAAGAUCACACCGAGCUUAAUUUGAGUGCAAAUGAGGUAAUCUUUGUGACCGAAUGCUCGCCCGUAAACGAGGACUACAUGUAUGGAAAGCAGGGCCUGAUGAAGGGUCUGGUGCCACGCGCUUUCGUCGAAAUGCUCGAUGAAGAGCACGACGUCACCCUCUAAGCCCUCCAAAAAUUCGUUCAGGAAUAAUCAAUCAAUCAAUAAUCUCAACAAAAAGAAAUGAACAAGAAAAAUACUCCAAGUACGGCAAUACUCAUAUGUUUAAAAAGAAUAAAUGGUCAAGAGGAAUGAAAGGCAAUUGGACAAUUAUAAGAUGCGGCCAAAAUGGCAUUUGGCACUAGCAAGAGAGUACAAUAAUUUAUUAGAAUAUACAUAAACAUAAUAUAUACAAGGCAUAUACAUACAUAAAUGGGCGUGUUAUUAAAAAAAAAGCAUCGUAGUUUAGGCCUCGUUGACCCUUAAAACCUGAUCCUUGCCCAAAACAGCAACGCUACUCACUUGCACACAGAUCACGCUCGCCUAGUUGUAUUAAAAAAAUAUACAUUAUCUGCUGCCUGAAUAACCGUCAAAUUAUAUUUAUAAAUUUACGAAAUUCUCAACAUUAUUGUUAAAAUUGAUCGCAUAUCUAAAGAGAAAGUGCUGUUUGAUUAAGCUUCUCUACACUCAACAAAGUAUUAUAUAUUUGUGUUAUGUUUGUCUUUAACUUAAUUAACAAAAGCGAAAUUCUCUGUGCUUUACUAUAUAUAUCCUAUAAUUAUAAAAAUAUGUACGAGAUUGUUAAUCCUAUUAUCUAUAUAUUCAGCGAAGGCGUUUCCGGUUUAAGCUAAUUAUUAUCUAAUAACUUUGCUCCUUCCUGCUGCAAUUAUUAUGUUAACACAUUUUUUGUGCAAUUUUUGAAAGUCAAUUAAAUGAAUGUUUCUUGUUAAAUUUAGGGAAAAACUCUGAAACACCAAGGCAAGACUAGCGCUUUAUAGCUGAAGAUCAAUUGCAAAAUAUUGACGCAAACGUACAAUACAACAAAUACAAAAUAAACAACGAUGAUUUUUAGGUUUUCAGCAAAGCAAAAACAAGUUGAAAUAUAAAAAGCGUCUAGAAGCGAAUUUUUAAAACACAAACUAUAUUAAAUAAUUACAAAUAUAUGAUCAAAAUGAACAACAAA